GGGCUCCGCGGCUGGGGAGCUAGUGUGUUCCGCUCCGGUCGGCCUUUUCGCUGGGACCCACUUCCUUCUCUCUGUAAGGAGGGGGUGAGCUGAGGCGGAGUUGACCUGGAAACCUCUCCUUGGCCACUGUCCUUUCUAAGGAAUUCAUUUCCAGAGCCCACCUGCACAGAACUGGUGGGGGCCCUGCUAGGAGCAGAGAAAAUGGCCAUCUUCAGGCAGCUGUCCCUAGGUGUGAAGGCCGCCCUGGCUGCUGUCACUGUCUUCGUGUCCAUGAUCAUCUCCCGCUCCUAUCUAGCAGAGAGCCUUGAGCUCAGGGCCUGGCGUUGGCUGUUUCGCCUGCAGCUCGCCCUGUUUGCCAAUUCACUCAUGCUCAUCGGCUCUGUGUACAUCUGGCGCAGCACAGUGAGCAACCUCUGCCAUUCCCCAGCUGCGGAGUCGACCUGUUUUCAGCUCUGGAAGGUGGCUGUUCUGGGAUUUCUGGCCCUGGCCCAUUCUAGUUUCUUCACCAUGCUCUUUUUAGUGGCUGAGGAGCCCUAUCUCUUUUCCUUGGCAGCCUACUCCUGCCUGGGCGCGUAUGUCAUCAUGGUCUUCUUCCUCUGCAUCCUCAGCGGCAUGGAGCAAGCCUGUCAGCUCUUGGCCUGGCGCAGUGGUAGGGUCGUGAGCAGUCUUGACAAGACAAGGAAGCUGGUGCUCAGGCCCGCCCUGGCUGUUGUAGUGACUGCUGUGCUCAGCGUGGCAGGGCUUCUGAAUGCUGCCCAGCCCCCAACUGUGAGAACCGUGGAGGUACCCAUCAAUCAGCUGCCCCCCUCUAUGAACAACCUCAAGAUCGCGCUCCUCUCAGACAUCCACUUGGGCCCCACAGUGGGCAGGACAAAGAUGGAGAUGUUUGUGAGGAUGGUGAACGUGCUGGAGCCAGAUGUCACAGUGAUCGUGGGUGACCUCUCUGAUUCAGAAGCGUCGGUCCUGCGGACAGCUGUUGCUCCUUUGGGCCAGCUCCGUUCACGCCUCGGCACCUACUUUGUCACAGGCAAUCAUGAGUACUACACCUCGGAUGUCAGCAACUGGUUUGCACUGCUGGAAUCCCUGCACGUCCAGCCUCUUCACAAUGAGAAUGUGAAGAUUUCUGCUACAGGAGCCCAAAGUGGUGGUUCUGGUGGUAGUGAAGAUAACAACUGGAUCUGCUUGGCUGGGGUGGACGAUAUUGAAGCAGACAUCCUGCACUACUCUGGGCAUGGCAUGGAUCUUGUCAAAGCUCUGAAGGGCUGCAGCCCAGACCACACCAUCAUCCUCCUAGCUCACCAGCCUCUGGCUGCCAAGAGAGCCCUCCAGAGUCGGCCAGACAUUAACUUGAUCCUUUCUGGUCACACACAUGCUGGGCAAAUCUUCCCCUUGAACGUGGCAGCCUACCUCCUGAACCCCUUCUUUGCUGGUCUCUACCGAGUGGCCCAGGAAACAUUUGUGUAUGUCAGCCCAGGCACAGCCUAUUACGGGAUACCCAUGAGGUUGGGUAGCAGGGCGGAGAUUACGCAGCUCAUCCUGCAGCGGGCUCCCUGACCAGUCCCUCCCUGUGUCCCUCUGUCCUUCCCUUGUUCUCCAUUGUGUCCUGCUUCAGAGUAGCUUGCCUGCUUUACCCCUCCGGCCUUUCCUGCCCUGCCCUGCCAUUGUACUCUUGUGGUGGGGCUGCCUGGCAAGUUCAGGCUGGUUUAACUGUGUAAAUGGCUAAUUGCUUUUUUAUAUGCACUUGUGAGGUCACUAAGACCACAUAUACUAGAGCUCACAUCUGUUUUCCAGGUGAUGGCACCUUCUGCAGAGCUCAUAGGGAUGAACUGCAGCAUGGGGUUGCUAGAAAGGGACAUCUCUAGAAAGCAGAGCCAGGAAACAGCAGGAGCAUUUUCAUCGUGGUGUUUUUAAACCCUGUAUAGGACAUAGAUGGUCCAGAAUCAUUGAUCCAUAUCCUUUAUUAGUAAGGAACAGUGUUGCCAGGUAAUUUGGGAAAACAAGUAAGAGAGAAGGCCCCUUUGAUUCUAUCGAGUCACCUUUAUUGAGGGCAUGGGUAUAACCUGAUAGAAUGCAAGUUCUCCUGUUCCAGGCCUUGAGCGAUGCUGUUUAACUGUGCUCCUAGGACUUUGGGGGUGGAGGUGGGAUGAGGAAAAGAAAUCACCCCACUGCUGCUGCUGCUUAGGAGUGCCCAGGGUUUUGCCUCCCUUGUCUCAUUUUAUACAACCCUCAGGUGAGGUGAUUAGGUUCUGGGUGCUUUUCCCUGUUUAGAGAUGUGGAAACUAAGACAAAGAGGCAAUAUGACUGGGUAUGUAGGAGAUGUGAGGCUAGAUGCCAGGUCUUCCACCUCCCAAUAAAAAUGUUCUUUCCACUGUCUGAUAAUUAAAUAGCUGUAUCUGUUACAGGCGAGUGCAGGAUUCAAACAAAGUUAACCAUGCAGAGAGAAUGAAGAGGACUAGGACCUGAUGUUCCUUCUGUCAAAGUUAUUUGCUUGAGGCUGAUUUCAGUUUAAUCCAUAACUGCAUGGACAGUGGCCUGGAAGGAAGUUGGCUAGUUUCAUUGCAGGAGGUCUGUUGAAUUUGAAGAAGAGGUGGGAAACUGGAACUCUCUUGGGCCCAAGCCAGUUUGGGCUUGAUUUUUUUGUUAGGUGCUAGGUCUGCUUUCUACCAGUGGAGGAGUUGAGGCUUACAGGGGUAGAAGCAGGGCUCCAGCCUCAGGAAGGGCCUCUUGGCUCCCCUGGCCUCUCAGGCUCCCCUUCCUGGUUCCUGACUUUGGAAUGUGGGGACUACCCUUUCUGCUGGGCCACCUGUCUAGCCUCAUAAGAAGAGCUGCUCUUACAUUCUGGCCAUGGAAUGAUGGGGCCAUCCCUUCUGGCCUCUAGAGCCAUAGAAAACCUGGCGGGGGUUACCAUGUCUGGAGUGACCCCAACUCUGUUGGCCCAGUGUUUGUGACAGAGGCAAGAGACCCUUGAUCCUGGAUAGAUCCCAGGCAGCAUUUAAUCACUACUGUUAGGAAAGGCCUAACUGGAAUACCGAGGGCCUUGAUUCAGCACUGGUCUCUUACUAGGUGGUUUAGACUUGUGAUGGAAAAGGAAUGAAGACAUUCUCUCUGAGGGGAGAGGCUCCCCUGCUCACUAGUAGGACAGUAUCAUAGGGCAAGUGGCUUGCUCUCAUUGACCUCUCGUUUCCAUCAACCCUAAAGUGGGGAUAGUUAUAUCUACCUCAAGAUUGUUUUGCUGAGUGGAUAUUAAGCCUUAGUAUAGGAAUUUCAUGUGGCACAGUGUGCACAGUAAACGCUCGAUGUUAUAUUAAUUUUUCAACAUCACAUUGGGGUUUGCUAAAGAACAGUGUUAGGUGCAGGUGCCCAGAGACUUGGAGUAGCCAGACCUGGGGAAUGUGGGUGGGCAGCAUGCCACCUGCUGCAGGGGCUAGAGAUUUGUCAAAGCAGCCACUGCUGGGGUUUGCUUUCUUCUGCCUGUGUAGAGGUCUCUUUGUGCACGGUCUGCCUAAUGGAGGGAGUUUAUUCAUUUCCUUCUUGUCUUCUUGGUGUGCAGCAUGGUUCUGGGGGAUCCUGGAGACCCCUCUUCUUCUUCCCAGGCAGCUAAGAUAUUGACAGCAGGCCAUUCAGUCAAGUUUAAAAAGUAUCUUUGAGUUGAAAUUUUGGUGAUUUCCUUAUCCCCCACCCCCCACCCAAAUCAUAUUCAGUCAUCCUUAUAGCCAGGAAUAACUUUGGAGAGAAACAGAAUUUCAUAGUGGAGGAAGGGACCCUGGAGAACCCUUCUUCUAACGUAUUUUGCAGACAGGGGAUCCCAGGGGAGAAGUAACUUGCCCCCGCCAGUUGGCCAGUACCCAAUCCCCUGACUCCCUUCUCCAUGGUCCAUCUUCAGACUUGCCAUCCUUCCUGGGCUCAUAAGGCUAUUCUUCCAAACUUUUCUUGCUUUCUUAUGACCUGACCCCAUUUUAGGAUUAUUCUUACUGCCUUUCACUUGUCUUUUGUUUUGUAUUUUACAAAACUAGGCUAGAUGGUACCAUUUCACUUUCUACUCUUGGGUGCUGCUGGUAGCGUUUGACUCACCUAUUGUAUGUUAUUUUUUCACUGGUUUCUUGAUUGUGUAUCUUUCUUAUCAGCACCCUGGGCUUGAUGAAAUUAGCUUUCAUCAAGUCCUGUUUUUUGUGUUUUUUUUUUUUUGUAGAGACAGAGUCUCACUUUAUGGCCCUCGGUAGAGUGCCGUGGCCUCACACAGCUCACAGCAACCUCCAACUCCUGGGCUUAAGCAAUUCUCUUGCCUCAGCCUCCCGAGCAGCUGGGACUACAGGCGCCCGCCACAACGCCCGGCUAUU